UCGUCUGAUGCGUGAAUAAGAAGUUUUUUUGUACUUUUGCAGGUUAGUUUUGAACCAAGGUUGGGUUGUCGUCCCUAAGAUUUGAUACAAUUAUUUGCUUCGCUAUAUUUUGUUGCCUGUGGCGGGAAACCGUUUAAAUUUAACGCGGAAAAAUACUUCUCUCUAAAAGAACACGUCCACAUUUAACUCAGAACAACAAAAAUAAAAAGCCCGAGUCUAAAAAUGCCAAAGGGUCGCGCCGGACCUCACAAGUUCUCUCUCUCUCAUCCUCAAACCCCGAAACUGUCUUAUGGUUAUAGCUCGAAAAUGAACAUCGGCAAAAGUGGGUAUCGGGUCUUCUCUGCCAACUCCACAUCGGCGUGCUCUGAGCUCGCCAAGAUCAUCACUGAACGUCUUGGUGUGGAGUUGGGAAAAUCUGCAGUGUACCAGGAAGCCAACAGAGAGACCAGAGUGGAGGUGAAGGAAUCUGUGAGGGGCCAGGACAUCUUCAUCAUCCAGACCAUGCCCAGGGACGUGAACACGGCGAUCAUGGAGCUCCUGGUGAUGGCGUACGCGCUGAAGACGUCCUGUGCGAAGAACAUUAUCGGCGUGAUCCCGUACUUCCCCUACAGCAAGCAGUGCAAGAUGAGGAAAAGGGGUUCCAUCGUCUGCAAGCUGCUGGCCUCUAUGCUGGCCAAAGCAGGCCUGACCCACAUCAUUACUAUGGAUCUGCACCAAAAGGAAAUCCAGGGCUUCUUCAGCUUCCCUGUUGACAACCUCCGUGCCUCACCUUUCCUGCUACAGUACAUACAGGAGGAGAUCCCUGACUACAGAAACGCUAUCAUUGUUGCAAAAUCCCCUUCAGCUGCCAAGAGAGCUCAGGCUUAUGCAGAGCGCCUGAGGCUCGGACUGGCUGUGAUCCAUGGGGAAGCCCAGUGUUCCGAGUCCGACAUGGCCGACGGUCGCCACUCUCCCCCAGCGUUCCGACCCUCCUGUGGCCCUGCUGGUCUGGAGCUCCCCUGGAAGCACCAAGCACCAUUUCCCGGCAUCGAGCUUCCAAUUAUGAUGGCCAAAGAGAAGCCUCCCAUCACAGUUGUUGGAGACGUUGGAGGAAGAAUUGCCAUAAUUAUUGAUGACAUUAUUGAUGACGUGGAAGAUUUCGUAGCAGCGGCCGAGAUCCUGAAGGAGAGAGGAGCGUACAAGAUCUUCGUCAUGGCCACCCACGGUCUACUCUCAGCAGAGGCUCCGCACCUCAUAGAGGAGUCGCACAUCGACGAGGUGGUGGUGACCAACACCGUCCCCCACGAGCUGCAGAAGCUACAGUGUCCCAAGAUCAAGACGGUGGACGUCAGCAUGAUCCUGGCCGAGGCCAUCCGACGCAUCCACAACGGCGAGUCCAUGGCCUACCUCUUCCGCAACGUCACCGUGGACGACUAGGCGGGCGCGUGGCGAGCCCCUGGCGUCGCUCACAGACCUGCUUGGGCGUCGGGGACUGGGAGGAUGGAGGCCUCACCCGGGGCACCACGCAAGAGCCACAAGCACACAACAGUUAGAGCGUCAGCAGUGCCUUGUCUCCAGAGCACGGGCCUGUUCACAUCUAGAUCCUGAGGAAAUGCAUACUUGCAACGGCAUACUCAGUACAGAUGCAAUUAUCACAGUAGCCGCCCUAGAGUGGGGGGAGGGGAGAUCGUGUGUGUGUGUGUGUGUGUGUGUGUGUGUGUGUGUGUUAGAGAGCAUGACGUGGCAGUGACGAGUCCCCCUGUCUUUGCAUCAGCCCUGAUGUGCAACAGGAACUGCAGGAUGCAGGGAGAUCUGGGAGCACUGUUCCGCCUGCUCUCUGACAGAGCAACACACGUGUGCGUGCACACGUACACACAUGCGUACGCACAUGCCGCAAGACCAAAAUGUCCACACGCUGCCUCUUAGCAGUAUUAUCAUCUGUUUGUGUGUUUAUUUGACCACUAAACCAUGAAAAUAGAUAAUUUUUUUUCCUCAUAUUACCAUAAUCUAAAAGUAUAUUCCUAUAUGUAGUAAAACAACUUCAUCUAAUAAUACUGUUAUUAGUAAUAAAACAUUUUGAAUAUUUGUAAUAUUUAUUUAUGAUCCUGUUUACACACUGACCUGCUUAUGAAAUUUAGUCUGCACUCCAAACUUUCAGUUCAGUUCAGUUUUCUCUGAUUUGAAGGAACCUGUCUGCUUCGAGUCCGAAGAGUUGCAGAAGUUACUCUAAUUUAUGAAGAGGAAAUCACGGGGCGCGUAGAAAACUGUUUUCCUCAAACAAUUCAUAUAAGCACAUCCCAUUUUACAGUGUAAAUACAGAAUGGACAGUGACACCUGACUGGUUCUCGAUUGGAGGGCUCCGUUUUUGCAUGUCCUGUCGAACUGCACAGGGUUUUCUGUCCAGAAGGACCAUCAGCUGAACAGUGCAGUCCAGGAGUUGCCCUGAUGUGGGUGUCUUGUCCUCCUCUCAGUUUGCUCGAUUGUC